UCUGCGUAGGAGUGGAAAGGGGCCGGAAGGGGCCGGGCCGCAGGCGCCCAGACUUCCGGCACGCAGCCGGGCUGCCCUGCCGGUAGUUCUAACGCGAGGCGCGCGAGCGGACUGGGUGACGUCAAGGAAGGCGGUGGGACGGGGGACGUGUUGGGCAUGCGCAAUAGAUCGACUUCGCCGACCCUGGUCCCGCCGGCAGUAAAGGACCUGCCCACGCGGGUGGGCUUUCCAGUUUUGUGGCGGAGGGCGGGCGCCUAGCGGCUUUCUUGGCAGCGGGCAGGAAACUGGCAGGAGUUCCUGAGCCUGAACGUGCAGCGGAAGUAGAAGAACGUAUGCCCUUCUUCAAGCGUCUGGAGCUCAGAGAUGCAGCCCAGGGGAGGGAAAUGUGACUAGUUGAGGAGGCCAUGCUUACUGUUGCUGCCAGAUCCCAUGUCAGCACCAAGUCCUCAGCUGCUGGUGGCAGCUGCUCAGCAGACCCUGGGCAUGGGAAAGAGACGAGGCCCACCCCGAGCUGUGUGCCUUCAUCUAGCCGGAGAGGUGCUGGCUGUGGCCAGGGGACUGAAGCCAGCUCUGCUCUAUGAUUGCAACUGUGCAGGGGCAGCAGAGCUCCAGAGCUAUCUGGAGGAGCUGCAGGGCCUGGGCUUCCCGACCCAGGGACUUCACAUCCUUGAGAUUGGAGAAAACAGCCUGAUUGUCCUUCCUGAGCAUGUGUGUCGGCACUUGGAGCAGGUGCUGCUUGGUACCAUAGUCUUUGUGGAUGUUUCAAGCUCUCAACUUCACCCUUCCAUCUGCUCCCUGGACCAGCUUCAGGACUUGAAGGCCCUUGUGACUGAGAUCAUCACACAUUUGCAGGGGCCACAGAGGGACCGAUCCCUGGCAGUCUCUUGCAGCAGGCUCCGUUCCUCAGACUGGAAUCUCUGUACUGUGUUUGGGAUCCUCCUGGGCUAUCCUGUCCCCUAUACUUUUCACAUGAACCAGAGAGAUGACAACUGCUUAGCGCAGACUCCACUACGGGUGUUCACUGCCCGGAUCUCAUGGCUACGUGGUCAACCACCACUCUUGCUCUAUUCCUUUAGUGUCCCAGAGAGCUUGUUCCCAUCCUUGAGGGACAUUCUAAACACUUGGGAGAAGGACCUUAGAACUCGAUGUAGGACUCAAAAUGACUUCGCUGGCCUCAGCAUCUCUUCUGAGAUAGUCACACUGCCGGCUGUGGCCCUCUGACUUUUAACUCUUUUCCUGUGUAGAAGGAGCUCGGUAAAUGAUCAGCUCUCGGUCAGAGACGGCAAAUAAGAAUCAUCUCAAGUGCCAAUUCCAAGCAUCUCGAGGACACUAGGGAAGAAUGCUGUAAUAAAUUUGCCAUUUUUAUGCUGAACUGGACUAGGGAGAGUAGACCAGGAUGCAUCAGGAAUAAACAGAGUUCUCUGGAACAGAGGCCAUCAGGUGAAGUUUAUUUGUUUAUUUUUACAGCAGGUUAAAAAAAUAACGAGAGUCAGAAAUCUCAGUUGAGUUGGAAAAACCCACACAUUAAAGUACCCAGACCUGAGUUUUUUACUGAUUUUCUUGCUUCUGAUUUUCACCCAAGGCAGCUGUCACCAGUUAUUCAGAGCUUCAGGCUGUCCUUAUUGGCCAGGAACACUGCCACUGCUAUAGCAAUCAGUGCCAUCAGCAUCAGGAGCCAUCGGCCACAUUGCCUCUGUGAGGAGGGAGGGGGAGAGAAGAGAAAGAGGCCAUGGGUUAGUCAGAGAAGAUGGAGGCAAAAAUAAUCUUCCUUCUUGCCAUUCUAGCCCAGUGGAAAACCUUGGGUUGGUGGAGGAGAAAAAGCUUUUUAUAUCUCUGUCUCUCUCACUUUGCCACCUCGCUCGGGAUAAAACCACUUUCCAGUGGUCACUGGCCCAGCGAACCACAGCCAGCAGGGGCCAGGUACUUAAAUACUGAUAUAAAUAAUCAAAAGUAGAAAAUAACUCAGCAAAAUUGUAUUCUGUUUAUAUUCCUUUUCUCGUCACUGUCCUUGCCACUAUGCUCAUAAUAGACUAAAAGAACACCAUUUCAUACUUCAGCUAGUAGUAAAUUUUUCCCUUCAGGCUCAGGCGUUCCAUGAAAAUUAGGCUUGGAGGCAUGAGCCAGUGUUUCUUUACAUGGUUGCUAUACUCUACAGUAUAAACCAAGCUGAACGGCGCAGGCUGGUCAGAUGUUGGCAUGGGCUGAACAAUUUCAUGGGCAAGAUUUGGCUAAAGGAGGAAUCGUCCCACCAUCACCUAGGGCUGUAUGGGAGGAUAGACCGUCUUACUCUGGGAGGCAGCUGCUGGCUCUGGUUCAUCUCUUCUCGACAAUGCUGCAGCUUACGCAGGCAGGAGAGAUACUCAUCGCUGAGGUUGUCUAAUUCUGAAUGCAGUUCUCUGCACUGUGCGGGGAGGGGAGAGAACACCACCAAGGUCAUCAAGACAGUUCUGUCAGGGACAGAGCCCAGGUAGGGGAGAGGGCCCUGUGUAAGUUACCCUGUCAUUCAUUUGGAAUUUUUACCUCCAUCCUCCCUUCCCAGCUUUUCUCAGAGCUUUCAGUUUGCCUUCUGACUGUCUCACCUAGUUUAUUUGUAAUGUGUUCAUUUAAAUGAUUGAUUAUAAUGCAUAUUAUUAUAUAUUAUACAUGUGUGACA